AUGGAGGUUGAAUUAGAGUUCAUUUCCAACGAGCUAAUCAAGCCAUCGUCUCCGACACCUAACCAUCUUCGCCAUCUUCGCCAUCUUCAACUCUCCUUUCUUGAUCAAAUCCAAAUCCCAGUUUGGAUGCCCUUAUGCAACCAAUUAAAGAAAUCUCUAUCAAAGACUUUAACCUUAUUCUAUCCUUUUGCUGGUCGUGUUAGGAACAAUACCCAUAUAGAUUGUAACGAUGAAGGUGCCCUUUUUGUUGAAGCUCAAGCAAACUGUCGACUCUUGGACUUUCUUCGGAUGCUAACCCUAGCGACAACAACAACCACCCUCUUUCCACCCAAAACCCUUUCUGGGUUUGAGCUUCAGAAUUGGAUUAAGAAAGAUAAAAUUGUCACCAAGAGGUUUGUCUUUGAUGCUUCCAUCAUAGCAGCUCUUAGAGCUAACUAUACCUAUAAGUAUGGCUGCAGCCUGUCAAGGAACCUUCAAAAGAGCGAUGACCACUUGAACUUCCUCAAGGAGAGGGCGAUAAAGGUGGAAAAAGGAGAGGAAGAAGACAUGGUUAAGUUUGAGGUAGACAUGGAGCUUCUUGAACAUGUUUCUUCUACUUCAAAUAGGAAUCAUCCAUUUGAAUACAUGGAAGAGAAAGAUGGUGGAAUUGUGAGUCGGACGAGAGAGGCUAUAAGAAAUGUGAACGCAGACUAUGUGAAGAGCGAUGGCUAUUUAAAUUUUCUCAAGGAGGGAACUAAGAAAAAGGCUGAAGGAGAGGUGAUUACUUUUAGCUUCACUAGUUUGUGCAGGUUUCCGACAGAUGAAAUUGAUUUCGGGUGGGGCAAGCCUGUGUGGGAACGUUCACCUCCUUUGCCUUUGAAGAAUCUAGCUGUUUUCUCGGAUGCUAAAGCAGGGCAGGAGAUAGAGGCAUGGAUUAACCUGAAGGAGGAAGACAUGUCUAAGUUUGAGAUUGACAAGGAGCUCCUUGCACAUAUUUCUUCAACUCCAAAUGAAAACGUAUUUGUGUUUUAGACCUUUACAUUGAAUGCCAUUCAGGCUCACGAGGCAAACAUAUUGCGAUUAUUUCAUUAAAUUAAAACAUAUCAGCAUUGUCUAUUUAUCUUUUCUGUAAUUCUUUUACGAACAAUAUUAAUGAACUUCAAGUCACAGAAGAAGAAAUGAUAAGCUUUCUCAAUCAC